AGUUCCAGUUCGACGAGGCUAGCGGGACGGAAGACAGCAACAAGUGCCGAAAUCUUACUGGUAUUGAAUCAAAGUAUCCUCAUCCACCUCUUCAAGCUACAGGAGCUAGAAUCGUCUGGGAGUGUUUGCUUCCGUGACAAGUUGCAUCUUGUUGCUGCUUAUCUUUAUUUAUCAUCUCCACGACCCCUAAAUCGACAUUGGAUUAUGAUUAUCCUCUUCAUUUCUACGUAAUUUUCAAGCCAUGACGAGCCCUCUCUUUGAGUAAAAGUAUACUAUGUACUAUCAUUUUCAUUUUAUUCUGUAUAUUGUUGAGAGGAUCUUCAAAAAUUUCACACUUCAAAAAUUCAGACCAUUGACAAGUAUAUUGCUACUGUGCAAAAAUACAAAUUUCCGCCUGGGAAGAUUUUCACGGUCAUAUUAUCAAAUUCACAACCUUGGCCUUGCCUAAGAUGACCGUUGCCGGAUUAUCAUUUCUGCGCGUAGUACACCUCACCUGUACCUUAUUUCUAGCCACCGGCGGCAACGGCCGCGCAUCGGGAUCGGCUCCCUCGCAACAACCUCUGCCAGGCCAACCGGAUGGUGUGCCCGGUGUCGGGCAAAUGAGCCGCGACGGCGAUUUUUUAGAGCCCCUUGCGGAGACGAGGGCGACUAUUGAACCGGCUCAUCUUCCGGAAGGACGCAGCACUAGCUCUACCGCACCCGCUCCUCGGGAUGCAGGAGGAAAACAGCAGGGGGUGCUGUCUGGCACCACGACCACGCCGGAGACCAGACAGGCACGACAGAUGAUUGCUGCAGCACGGAAGAAAGCCGAACGGGAUUGGGGUGGCGCGAUGGUAUCGAGGAUGAAGGAUACUAGAGCGAUGACGGACAAAAGAUCAGCUUAUUACGCCAAACUCGGUGUCGAGGGAACUCGAACUGGAAUACAAACACCCGUUAUUGCGCCUCCCUCUCGGGGCCUCUAUACUAGCACAAUUCCGUGGCGAGUAGAACAGGUCCGUCGUGCGCACCGCGAGCCCUUCGAAGUCGUCCGUUCCGGAAUCGAGCGCACCCCUCGCAACCUCAACACCCUCACCUCCCUGCAGGAAGACGCAACGAAGUUAUGGUGGCGACGAAACACCAACGUAGACCUUGCCUCCACGACAAACCUGGCAAAAAUUGCAUGGGAUAAAGCCGAGAAGGAUUGGGGUGGCGCGAUGGUGUUGAGCAUGAACUUUCGCGGGGAUGAACUGGACCUUGAUUUGGAAGACGGCAGUAGAAGAGCUCAGAGAACAAGUACCACUACUGCAGUCUGGACGAGGAGCGCGCGAGAGGAGCGAGACCGGAAGGAGAGAUCCAUGAAAAAAGCGUUCCGGAAGGUGCGAAAGGAGCAGUCUGAUAUCGUGAUGCAACCGCUUCGUGAGGAGGCAGCGGGAGCUGAGCGACGAGAUGAGGCUCGACCAGCACUUCCCGAUUACGUCGUGGAUCAGCUGAUUUACCUGGCUGCAGCAUUGGGCCUCGAUCCGGUAGAAGGCUCAUCUACCGACGCGGAGGCUUGUUCUGGCACCCGGUGCAUCAGCGGGCUGCUUUCGCGUAUCUUGUACAAAGCUCGCACUGUCGGGAACACCCUGUGGCCGCUGGUUUGGUCGGCGAUCACGGGAUAUCAAAGGUAAAUAUGUCUGGGUCUGGAAGUGAAUGCAAGGAUUGUCAUGCUUGGCUAGCAUGACAACUCCCAAGGCUGCCAUGUACUUUACCCAAGAGUCUCGCGGCUUUUCUGUCAUGCGGAAACGCAGUUUCUCAUAUAAAAUAGACUACAACUUUCAAUUCAGAAACUUGCCAUCCUAGGCCGUCAAUUGCGGCACCUCAUGAUUCGCCAACCAGCAUCCAAGCCCAGGCAUAUUUGCAUUUGAUACGGGACUGGCGAACAAGCUCGUAAGGAAGGCCUUCGCAGGAGUGGAAAUGACAAACGCCCAACAGCUGCGGUCCCGGGUACAAAUCAACGCGGUGCUCAGGCUCGAACCUCCAAAGUAUGCGGAAAAUCUCAUUGCAAAGGCUGAAGCGCUUGAACAAAGGGGCGUCAGACCGGUAUUGAAUAACGCCGGGAACAGCCCGCCGGACGCCCAAGAACAAUACGACCGAAACAACGUUCAGAACGAAGAUGUAGGAGUGCAGGGAGUCGCAAUGUUGUUGGCAAGAGACAACAGAAUGGCCACGGCGCUUGGUCCCGUACGAAACUACUCCCCGAGGGAUAUGGACGCUGUCUUGGUUUCGCGCCGCGUGUACGACCGGGCCUAUUGGCAUGUGGAUAGCUGCCCGGUGAGAGAGCUGCCCACGACCCGCGCCCGAGUGAGAGAGGCUCCUCCGUCCCCGAGCCGCGCCACGGUGGCGCUGUUCGGCUUGGGCGAGCUCUUCGCCCCCCGGAUUGUGGGGGAGAAUAGCAGGUACAACGAGGAUAUCAAAUGUAAAAAUGUCUGGGUCUGGAAGAAUGAGCGAUUUGUCAUGCAGCUUUUCCAGGACCCAUGAGGUCUGGAAUGCAGGACCUAGCAUGACAGAUUUUUUGAGGUCUCUAUCAUCCCUUUCCUGCAUGAGAAACUCCCUCUCAACUUGGUCAAAAGCGGACAGCUUUUCGUACUCACGCAACACAGAUUUUUGCAUCCUUCAGAUUUAGCAUGACAAGUUCUAACCUUCCAGACCCAGACAUUUUUACAUUUGAUAGAGGAAAAGGGCUUCGGUGCCGCGGCACGACCACGGGCAGCAAAAGCAGUCGUACCAGCAUUGCAGGGCGGUGGUCGACCAGCAUUGCAGGACCGGCCGAAAUACACGAUCCGGCAGAAGGAGCGCAACAAAGUUGUCCAGCACUUCCUGCAACAGUUGGCAACACAAACUUAUCCCCAGGUGGAGACGGUCAUCAAGGCGUUCGAUGCCACGGAGGCGGUGAUCUACCGCAGCGGGGAGAAGCACGGCGCCUGGCACCGUUAUGCAAGAAAAAAACUAUGUGAGUGUAAGUCCGUGAUGCAAAAAAUGCAAAACUGUCACACUUGUGAUGCUGGAUGUGCCUCAUAGGCUACUUCCAUACGUGCUUUCACAUACUAAUUGCGCGUGACAGGUUUCCCCUGUAUAUGCAAAACGAAUUUGUGAUGCUGCUCUUCCUACAAAGUUACACUUACACAGCUUUUUUCCUGGAUAACCGUACGCAGGAGGAUAAUGGGAAAGCACGGCUGGUGCUGGAAGUCGAGUUAGUACAAUGA